AUGAAGUCAUUUUAUCUGCAUGCCAAAUAUCAGAAAUGUUUCAUAAAUAAAAAUACUGAAGGUGAUACGUACUUCCGUAUUGCACAGGUUCUCGUUCUAGCCGCCUUCGUGGUCGGUAUCUUUGGUAGUUCACUCUCAUCCUACACCCCCGCACCAUCCAAUAAUGCCCCUGCUCCCAUAGGACCAGCUCAGUACGAUUUCAACUAUGCAUUGAAUCAUGAUUACUCCAAUAACGACUUCGGCCAUCAAGAAAAUCAUAAUGGAUACAACACUCAAGGAGCUUAUUUUGCACUGUUUCCCGACGGUCGUGUACAGAGGGUAUCGUACACCGUAAACGGCGACUCAGGAUACGUGGCCCAAGUUACUUACGAGGGAGAGGCCCAAUACGGUGUCCCAAGACCUUCCACCUCUUACCAGCCUGUUCCUACUUAUACUUAA